UGUUUUGGAAUAGUUAAAGGUGCAGUGUGUAAAUUUGCAACCAACGGCUCAGUCCACUGCUCACCCCUCGCUUUUGAAACGCAUAGAGAAGCUACGGUAGUCUGCACCAGAAAAACAUGUCAUCUUCGGAGACAACUUAGUAAAAAAAGUUUGUAUGUUAAGGGCUUCUGUAGAAACAUGGCGGCACAAAAUGGCGACUUCCAUGUAAGAUGACCAUCGAUGUAUGUAAUUAAAAACGUCUCAUUCUAAGGUAAUAAACACAUAACGGUUCAUUAAGAAAGGUCAUUAUACACCCCUGAUAAUAUAGUUUUGUAUAUUAUAUUGCAUUUCUGUCAAGAGAUCCUUCUAAAAAUUACACACUGCAUCUUUCAAACUUGUAACUUGGUCUAAGCACAUAUUGUAUUAUUGCCUCCCUAUGACAAAUCGCUGUUAUUUCCUAAUCUUUGUAAGUCACGUCUGCUAAAUGUAAAAAAUGUAUUGUCUUUUAAUAAUUCAAAAACAAUUUUCUGCAUUUGACAGACACUUUUAUCCAAACCGACUUAGAGUGCAUUACAAGGUAUGAUUUAUUUUUUUUACAGUAGGCCUAUGUUUGUUCCCUGGGUUCAAUCCCAUGAGCUCUUGCGCAUGUUGCAAACACAGCUCUCUUGAAAUGAACUAUGAAUGAUAACAGAGGAAUAAUGGGAAGUUAAGCUCUGCUGUGCUUUAAUUUCUCAGUUCUCUCUAAUUAGACUCCAUGCAGUCUCUCUCUUUCUCUCCAUCACCGUUGCCUCGCCACCUGCUGUCACAUGACACCAGCUUGAGCUCCGGUUGGAUGGAGACCAUCGCCAUAGUAACCUUGAGAAGUUGUUGAUGUCACUGAUGAAUUUGUGAAUGGAGAGAAAGAAAACACACAGUGACAGAAGAUAAAGACCUAACAAUAGAUCCGAUCGUUGUAUUAUGUGUAAUCAGUUGUAUAACCGGUGGUUUUUGCUGGCGUCAUGGGUCGAGGGUGCGGGUUAUGCAUGUUAAAAUCAUGAUUAGGACGUAAUAUAACAUCAUCAUAGAUUUGGAGAAUGACGUGUGAUAAAAUAUUGUGGGGCAAAUGUUUACCGUGAGGAUCUGUUCUGUCACUUUGACUGUAUUUAUGGAUCAUCUAAGCACUGUUCAUCUCCAAAUGUGUUGACCUGAAAUGUAGGUGUAUCAUGAAUGUUAACUUAAAGAGAAUGCUUUGAACAACACACUAAACUUUUAUUUUGCUAUUUCUAGUAGACAGAUUGAUAGACGGAUGGAUGGACAGAUAGAUUGCAUCCAUCCAACAUAGAUCAUAUGAUGAUUACAGUAUAGGGCUGCACAAUAUUAAAGAAAAAUGUGAUAUCUUGCUAAAUAACGUGAUACAAAAAUGCUUAAAAGCAAAUUAAAAACUAUAUUGGUCUGAUUAUGCAUAACUUUUCAGAUCAAUAAAAGGCAUCCUCCUAUCGCGAUACGCACGGUGUAUCUCGAUAGGCGCUGCUGUGGUAUUGCCAUGCUUCCAAUAUCUCUUAACACAGACAGACAGACACCCCCUGGGGGGUCUUGUCGCUCAAAACAGAAGGGGCGGGGCUGACAGUGUCCAAAAUGGGCGGGGUUGAGGUGGGUGUGUCCCUCAGCUGAUGCGCACCUCUCUCUCUCCCCGCCAUCACUUCAUCUCUGUCGCGGGCGGAAGCGCAUCGCGUAGUUUACACGUUCAUUUACGCCGCAGCAGCCGAGCAUCGGCCCGACGGACGGACAGAGAGACAGACAGACCCGCGCUGAGACAUGUGUGUAAGUGCGGUCCGGCUCCCGAAACUUUCAUGCCCCUGUAUGCUGCCGUUGAGGGUGGCGGAGUGAAGCGCUUGAGGCUCCUGGCAUGGGCAGUGUAGGGAGCGGGGCAUCCAGUCAACGCCCCAUCACCAUGCGCAGCGUGGGCACCCGCACCACCCCUAACGGUCCCCUGGUGGCCGCACCGCCUCCCAACUCAGCCCGUCGCCGUCUGGACGACCGAAGUUUCAGCGCCGACCGCAUCCCUGGGCCCAGCACCAAAGCAAAAGGCGUCUCCGCCGACGAGCGUAGCUACAACGCCGAAAGGGAUUACCACGCCAACGCUCGCAGUCAUGCGGAUGCCGAACGCGCCGCGGCUCAAAAUGCCAACCGUCAGCAAACGGUCAACGGUGAGAGGCUGGUGUCCAACACGGUGUUCUCUAACGGCGGGUCACGGAGAGAAGGCCACCGGAGAGGAGAGAGUCUGGACUUGUGCGGUAACAACAUAGUGCUUAUGACGAAUGAGAAAAAUGUCAAUCAUCAACCUGCACCACAGCACAAAGAGAAAAACAAAGCCAAACCUGAUAAUCAAAACCCACCAAACAUUCUGCCCGUCUCUGGGAAGCUGGAGCAUGCACAGACAAAUGACUCUUUGGUGCGUCCGUCAGCCUUCAAACCCGUAGUGCCCAAGAGCUUUCACUCCAUGCAGAACCUCGUGUGUCCUCUUCAGACGAGCUCGGGUACAAGCGCUGGUCCGGGCAGCAGUGGAAGCGGAGGCAGCGGAGGAGAAAAGGGAGGGCAGAACCCGUCCGGAGCGCAGUGGGAACAGGACAGUCCCAGUAGUCGGGGAACGCACACGGGAGCGGGCAGGCCUGGUCAGGGCAGUCUGUCUGAUUCUGGGAGGAACUCGCUUACCAGUCUGCCCACGUACACGGGGUCGAGCUACGGACCUCCUCCGGCGCUCGGACCCCUCAGUGCCUCCACCAGCCACAUCAACCGGCUGGGCACCGUCGCUCUGGAUAAACUCGACAAGCCGGGAUAUCAGAACGGCGUCAGCGCGUCCGAUAGUGGCCGAUCUUCUUCGGGCAAGAGUUCCUCAUCAUAUCAACGGCUGAGUCACAUGAGCGAUGCUCCUGCUCCUCUGCGUCCUUCUCCUUCCUCGGACGAUCUUAUUCAAGACCUGGAGGACCGUCUGUGGGAGAGAGAACAGGAAGUGCUCCACAUGCGACGUAACCUGGACCAGAGCGAGGCAGCCAUCGUCCAGGUGUUUGAAGAGAAGCAGCGCGUGUGGGAGCGCGAGAUGGAGGAUUUGAGGCAGAACUACGCCGGUCGGCUCCAGCAGGUGACCCGACGGGCUCAGCGCACGCAGCAGGCCCUGCAGGCGCAGAUCAGCCGUCUGCAGCAGGACAAACGCAGACUGCAGGAUGAAAUGACUCUGCUGCUUGCUCAGAGAGAAGAGCUGGAGAAAAAGUGCUUGGACUUCAGGAAGGAACAGGCUGACAUCUUGCCCAGACUUGAGGAAACCAAGUGGGAGAUGGUCUAUGUGCUCUCGCAGGUGUGUCAGAAAGCAGGUGAAAUCUCUUUACUGAAGCAGCAGCUGAGAGAGAGUCAGGGUGAGGUAACGCAGCGAGCGGGUGAGAUGGUGGCACUGAGAGGACAACUGAAAGAGCUUAACGCUCAACUGAGAGAGAGAGAAGAGGCCGAGCUCAGCCUAAAAGAGUCGUUCUGCACCAAAACACUGGAGCUGGAAAGAUGUGAGGCUGAACUACAGAGCAUGCUGGCUGAGGUCACAGUACUGAGGGACAAACUAAGCGUGUUUGAAACGGAGGUCACGCGCUUGAAGAAAGCCCUCAAUGAGCUCAGCAGCGGCAGUCGCGCCGGCGAACCCGGUCUGCCUGAAAUGGGUCAGCUGGUGGCGUCCCGCAGCCGAGAGCGUCUUCUCUCGCCACUCAGCCCUCCGGACACGCCCGCGUCGCUCGCCCCGCUCCCCGCCCUGCCGGCUCCAGAUACGCUUCUCACCCUGCAGAGCGACGACUCAAAGGUCCAGUGGCAGGAGUCGGGCGACCUGCUGCGAAAGCUGGAGCGGCUGCAAAGCGAGCUCCGGGUGGAGCGGCAGCAGCGCGAACGACAGGCUCUCACCUUCGCCCAGGAACGCCAAACCUGGCAAGAAGAAAAGGAGCGAGUGCUUAAAUAUCAAGCGCAGUUGCAGCUCAGUUACGUGGAGAUGCUGCAGAAGAACCAGGCUCUGGAGGAGCGAGUGGAUAAGCUGGGCUGUCAGAUCACCACGUCACCCCAGGCUUCCAUCACCUCCCCCGCCUCGCCUCCCUCCGCGGCCUCGCAGGAGGUGCCGCCGUCCGUGUCUAUAUCGCUCACCUCGCCGACUCCUCCAGUGGAAGACAAGACGCUGCCGGAGCUGCACCAACUGGCGCCCCUGUGGCCGGUUCCAACUCGGCUGGAGAGGAUCGAGUCGACGGAGAUCUGACCGCGGCGAACGUGAACUCUGUGAUGCAGUAAAGCCCCGAUUACAAUAGCAUUCAGUACAAUCCAAAAAAUAAAUGAACGGUGACCGUACAGCUUCCGAGGACUGUCCAAGGAUGCCCUGCUUGUGUGGGGCAGGCGUUUGGGUUGAGAGCUGGUUUGUUGGUUUGGUUAUGCGCACUUGUGGCCUUAUUAGCCGGCGGAGGGUUGGUCGAUUGGAUUAGGAUAGAGGUGCUGGCCCAAAGGAACUAGAUACACGUCUGGAUUUAACACUCAGGGGUUUAAGGGAGGCGUAACGAUUCAGACCUAAGGUUGAGACCUGAGUGUUUUAGCUUUUAGCUUGAAGUGUGUUUUCAUUAGAGGCGUAUUUUAAAGAUAAGCUUUUAAAGGUGAAGUGUGUCAUUUUUGGAACUACCAAAUGUGAAAUAAAAAUAAUGACUGUUUUUAUACCUCCAUCUGCCAUUGGUUGGACUUAUAUGAUAGUGUUGACUGCCAUCAACCUAGAAAUGGUUUACUUCAGAUGAAACUGGUUACAUACAAAGUUAAUGCAAAGACACAAACUCGCGCUGGGGCAAUGCGAAUGACGCGAAACGUGCUAUUCACCUUACUGUGGGUUCACACCAGAUGCGAGUUCAACGAUUUGCGCGAGUAGAUUACAUACAAAGUAAAUGCGAAGACACGAUCAGACACAUCCUCGCGUGGUGCGAUGCAAUGAUGCAAUAUGGACGACGUGUUUGCCGCGAAAACACACACUAUUCGCCUCAAACAUAUAUAUAACAAUAUUCAACUCGAGCAAAAAUUGGCAUGACAUGAAGUAAAAUCACGCAAGUAAUCUAGAGUGAGUAACGUGAUGCCCUGCAUUUGGUGUGUACGUAGCAUUACUGUGGGUUUAAACCAGCCGGGUUUGAGGCAUCAAAUUCGCAUAUACCACGGCUAGUUUGCCGCUUGAACAUUUUGAUUUUACUCGCUUCGUUUGUGCAUGAAAGCCACGCUUGAAAUUCUAGUCAUCAUCGAGACAUUUAAGCGGAAUCCAAUUUUCCCGCGGCAACGCUCAAUUCACGGCAAAAAAUUCACAUGACACAAAGUUAAAUCCUGCGAGUAAUUUAAAGCGAGGAAUGCGAUGCUUUGCAUUUGGUGUGUACGCAGCAUAGGUGUGUUAACAGAAAUAGACAGACUUCACCUUUAAAGAAGCAGCAGAUUUACUUGAUUUUUCUUAAAUAUAUCAAAGGAUAUCCUAUGAUCAGUUAUGAUAACAUUUCACUUUUGAGAACUGUAAUGUGCAGGACACAAACAAUCGAAACAACAGUUAAGAAAUGAAAACAUCUGCAGGGAGUCUCCUAUGGUGCUUAGAUACAACGCAACAUCACAGUUUAAAAAUCUGAGGACCGAAUGUUGGUGCCGGUCUCUGAGUGUCUGGACUGCUUUGUUGUUUUUUGUCGGACUGUAAGGGCAGUAGAAACUUUACGCAAGCACACAGACGAACGUUUGGACCGCUGUACCACCAAUAAAAACCAAUAAAUUAUAGUUUCCAUGACAGCCAUUUAAAGUCCCAUUAUAUGUAAUGCUAUUGUUUUUUAGCAGGGUAGCCCAUAGCAUUGGAUAGUGCCCCAUUUUUAAAUCUCUAGAACAGAGAGACAAAAACGCAUACGGUUGUUGCAUUAUGCUUUGCAUUCCCACUAAUAAAUUGUUUACGUGCUUGCGUAAAGCGUGUGUCACAUCCUAAGGCCCGGUGCGAUACAGAAGCGCUCAACCCUCCUGCUCUAUCACCCAAAGCAGUGGUGGAGGACAUAUUUAUUUCAUCUCAGAACGUACUGUAUCACCUGAAUGUUGUUUUUGCCCUUUUUCUAUGUUUUGAGCAAUGUAUAGUACAAUAGACAGAGAGAUGAAGAUUUAAAAAACGAUGUAUGUUGGUGCACUCGAUGCUUUGGUCUCAGACCGUAUUGGACACCGUUGUUAUGAACAACAGGUAGAGAUUGAGGUUUGGUUUAUGAAGCCGCUGGAUGAGCGGCUGAGCCAAAAUUGUGCAGAGGGCGACUGGUCGGACUAUCUAAAGAAUUAGUGAUUAUAUUUGAAUAUGACUUUACAUUCUUCCAAAAUGAACAUAUAAUAUGUGUCAGUGUAUACUUACUGAAAGUAUAGAAUAUUUGACUUUGAAAAAAUGUUAAUAAGCAGUAGAUCGAAGUGAUAACUUAAAUGUUUUGGAGUAAGUGCACAGAAAAUGAUGUGGAAGUAUUUGAAUGGGACUGAAAUCUCAAUUUUGUGGUAGUUUGGGGAUGAAAAUAGACGUUUGGAUGCAUACUACCAUACUAUUUCUGUAGUAUGCACUAGGGAUGCACCGUUACAAAAAUCGGUACCGAUACCAAUUUUUUUUUUUUUUAAUGCAUCUACCGAUAACGAUACAUACUGAUAUUUUUUGCACUUUAAUCUUUGUUUCAAAGUAUUAUGACGUGAAAACAUUUUAUAGGCCGAUAUAUAUCGGUGCAUCCCUAAUAUGUACAAUCAUUUUCAUUUCUUUUAUGAUAACUGGAUACUUUCUAACUAACUGAAUACUAUGCUGUGUAUAAUUUUUUUCCAAGAAUAGCAUGUGAAACAACAUGAUGGAGUCCUAUUUUGGAUGACCUCUUCAUUUAAGUCAGAAAUUGGUGUCCCGUUAUCAUCUAAGAAAUAAAAAUGCAAUUAUUUUUGCAAGUUUAUCGUAAAACACAAAGAUUUGUCUAUAACAAUAAUAUGACAAGUAGGAGAGGAUUGGUAUGGAAAUACGUGAGUGCAUUGCAUUGUGGGACACUGCAUACUCGACAGAGAUAUCGUGAAUAGUAUGCCAUUCUGAACAUAGCUUUUUGACAUAAUUUUUAAUACGGGCUCUGACGACAGACAAAAGUGGUUCAGUAUUGUAUAGUGGUAACAUUUUACAGAACACCUUUUGUCACAAAGUCUUUAAAUGUAGCGCAUAAGCUAUAAAAAGUUUCCUAAAUCUAUGACUUUUGCCCUGCUUGUUAACCAAUCCCUAUUAUGCAUAAAUCCUCGAAUGAUCAACAUUUUUAUGAUAUCCCAGCACUCGCAAGGCACUCUUACAGUAAAUAUGAACUGUAUCUGGCCUGUCUGUGUUGAAAUGAAACAAGCACAAACUAUAUACAGAAGUCACGGUCAGGUUAUUUAUUUCUCACAAUGUUACGUUAUAUAGAAACGCAAUAGAAAGAUUGAUGUGGAAGACUUGGAGCCUUAUGUCGCUCAUGGCUCUUAUGCGUUUUCCAGAUGCUUGUGCCUCUUAUUUUCUGCCAUUACUAAAGUGAUGGCAUUUUUAAGAUAAUCAUGACACUUUAUGACACUAGGUGUUAUAAGAGAAACGGACCGGAUGGAGCUUUAGAUGGACGCCACACCUCUGCUGUCUUUGGCCGCAUUUGCUGCUAUGUGCUUCUGUUGUGUCCUGCUGUGUUCUUGGUAGAGACAAAGGCAGUCGACUGCAUGUAAAUAUCACUGUUCCUUAUGUGUACAGAACUUAAUCUAUCCAAAUAUACCGAGCUAAUGCGUGUGAAUACUUUUGUGAAGUAAUGAGACUGACAUGUCAGCUUUUAUUUUUCAAACUAUUAUUAUUAUAGGAAUAUAAUAUACAUAUAAAUCGGAAAACCUUUGAUCGGCUGUAUUACUGUAAAGUCAUACAUUCAAGAGUCCAAUGUCUUUAUGUUUUAUUUAUCAGUUCUUGAAAUGUAUGGGUGAGCAAAACGGCACCGAGGUUUUGUAAACGUUCAUUUGAUCCCCUUUCUUUUUUUUUCAGAAUUUGCUUGGGAAAAGCAUAUCUUAGCAAAUAUUAAUUUAAAUAAUAAAGAUGUGAAUAAGAAAAAAAUAUUUUUUCUCUUUACUGUUUCGUCUCAAGAAAAAUGUGACAAUGGUGUUUUAUUUAUUUAUUUAAGUGAAUGCAGUCCAGAGGUCAAGUGUUAUAUUAUAUAUAACUAUAAAUGUGACCCUGGACAACAAAAAAUUGUCAAUUUGUUGAAGUUGAGAUUUAUACAUCUUCUGAAAGCUGAAUAAAUAUUGAUACAUUGA